AUGGCUUCUUCUGCUACACCUUCAUAUGCAUCUAACAAGGAAACAACAAAUUAUGCUCGUCUGUGUCGUCUCCUGGUGGAUGUAGGAUCCCAGGCAUUGAGAAACAAGUUUGACAGCAUUCACCCACCAGCAGAACUACAUGGAGUUCUAACAAAGCCUCCUGCACACCCAAUACUGCAGACACUUAGAAAGAAGAGAAUUCUUAAUCCCACUCAAUGGGCCAAGCUGUAUCCUCCUUCACCUUCAUCCGUAUCUUCGAAAGAUUUUGACGUCACACUUCUGAUGUUGCUCUUAAGAAAUGUAUGUGGCUUGAUUGCUCCAACCACUGGUUGGGAUAAUCUCCCACCUGUUGGAGAUAGAAGUGCUGAAGCCAACAUAGCUAGGGUGAAGUAUUACAGAAACCAUGUCUAUGGAUAUGCCAGCCAGGCAUCUGUGGAUGAUGCCACAUUUAAUUCCUAUUGGCAAGAUAUAAGUUAUGCACUGGUAGGACUGGGUGCAGAUUCUGCCGCUAUCAAUAGACUGAAGACUGAAAGCAUGGAUCCUGUCAUUGAGCAACACUACCAACAAUUACUGAGGGAGUGGAAGAAAGAUGAUGAUAGCAGCAAGGACAGACUUGAUGAGAUUGAAGGUAAUCAAAUGAAUGAUCGAACUUUAUAUUUAAGAGUCAGAGUAUUAGGCUAAUUGUGGACGUGAAAAGAACAUUCCAAAUACAAAAUAAAAAAUUAAAAUAGGGAUGCUAUGAGUGUUAAAAAUGUAUUUUAAGAUCUACAAUCAUUUUCAAGACAGGGAAGGUUCACACAAAUUUAGUAUUGCUUAGUUCCAAGAGACACUGAUAUUUAGACCGAUAUUCACGAAUUUAUAAUAACUUAGUUAAAAAGUUAUAAAAUUCCGGUGCAAACGUGGUUAAGUGAUACAUAAGUUGAAGAAACGUAAAGUUGAAAAUGCAUCAAGAAUUUUUACUGUGGAUAAAUGAAAUACCAAUACUACAUGUAGACUGUAGACUUUAUUGUGUUCCCACGGGCGUAUGAAAAAGCCGGAAUCCGGAACCGAAACCGGAAACGGAACUUAAAUUGAGACCAGGGUAAACUGGGAAGCACUGAAACCAGUUCCGAUACCCGUGUGGGAAUAAAAUUCAAGAUGGCGUCCUCUGUUAUCAUUGUUUUGAGAAAUUUUCAGCACAGUAUACCUGCCAACUCUCACGCCUUAGGCGUGUGUCUCACGCCUGCGGGUUGAAAACUUCGAUCUCACGCCCGCUCACGCCUGCCGGCCAAUUUCUCACGCCUGAUUGAAAAAUGUGAGUUGUUGCCGUCUUGCUUGACACAAUUUCCAAAAAUAUGUUAACUCAGACCCAUGUAAGGAACGAAAACCACGUGUAAAAUGAAUAAAUGACAAUACCUUCCUCGCGAUCUCUGACUUUGUGGAUAAGCGUUUUCUCGAUAACUUCGCCUUCGGCAGACUUCGGACGUCUUCGGAAGACUUCGGACUUCUUCGGAAAACUUCGGACUUCUUCGGGAAUCUUCGGAAAUGAUCUUGUCGUCUUCAAAAAUCCCAGCACUCCCAGGAUAAAAAUCUCACGCUUAUAUCUCAGAAAAAGUUGGCAGGUAUAGCACAGUGAUCGUGAUACCAAAGGUAUACUCACAUUCGGAAAGUGACUUGCAAAAAAAAAGGUAAGUGCAUCCUACUGUUAUUCCUAGCAGUCAUAAACUGUGACUACAGCUGUAGGUCGAGCAAUUUUCGACAGAUCGAGACUACAACUAAUCAGAAGCCGAUUGACUGCGAAAAACAGCCAUUAUUAGUAUGUUAUGUUUAAGACCGCUGUGUUAUUCAUUUCCUUCUCUUGAGCCUAAGUUACUCAUUUCUUAAAAGGGCUCCGUGUUUCAACCAUUGUGAGAAGAAGGAGGCAAAGGGAGGAGGAGUACUCAUGUCAAUCACGAUCCCAAGUUGCAACGCUCACGCGUAUAUGAAAUUCUCGAGGAAAAAUUUUUCGCCGUACGCAAAAAAUGCGACGGUAAAAAAUAUAAUAACAAUAAAUAAAUAUAAUGUGGGGAUGAAAAGUCUUGAUCGAGCAAUAAUUGUUAGUGACACUCUUAAGACAGAAACGUCUCCAAGUUUUAUUUCUUAGGUUCGGGUUCCGUUUCCGGUUCCGGUGCCGUUUCCGUUUCCGGCUACGGAUUCCGGAUUCCUGCUUUUCCAUACGCCCUGUUCCCACUAUCGAACAUCUUCAUACAUAUUUUAUAAUUCAGACAAUGAUAAAUAGUAAUAAUUUAUUAUUUACAAUAAAAGAUAAUAAAUAGAGAUAAACUAAAGAAUAACUAAUAAUUAUUACAAGUAUAGUAAAAAAUAUGUGCUAAUAUGCAAAUUCAAAUGUCAUUUAACUAAGAGGUCAGCCACAGCUGCAGAUGAUGCACUUUCAGAUUGUCCUGACCGACAAGUCAUGCACAGUUUUUGGUUACAGGAAUCAGUUCAAGUAAUGUUCAAAAUAAGAACAGAAUUAUUUUAUCAUUAGUUAAAAUUGGGCAUGAAGCGCAAAAAUUUUUAACCAGUGAUGAAACACGUGCUGUGCAACACAUACGUCAUAAUAAGUAGACUGUAAUGACUUUGAAAAACCAAGAUUGAAUGGAUAAGAUUACAGAUCAGUCCUGGAAUUACAAAUCAGAUCAACUAUAGUUAAGAUAUGUAUAAUGGAUGAAAUGCAGAGAUGCCAACCUCUGGAGCUCUACAAUCUGGAGACUCUCUUUUUAUCACUCCCCCCAGAAUUUCAAUGGAUCCCCCAUGACAAGUUGACCCAGCCCCCAAUAGAGUACCGAAGUGUGACAUCAUAGAAAAUGAAAUUUGUCAAAUUAUGGGAUUUGUUAAGAUAUUCUGAAAGAACAACGUCCAAGACGCCUACUCGCCAAAAAUUAGCAAUUUGGGGCAGAUUGUCUCUGAGAUAUUAGCCCAGUUAUGCUCCGAUGACUCCAUACAAAUCCUUCUAAAUCUUACCUGGUUCCUAAUCUUAUGAACUAAGUAAAAUUUAGAAGUAUUUGUAUGGAAUCGUCACAGCAUAACUGGGCUAAUAUCUCAGAGACAAUUUGCCCCGAAUUGCUAAUUUUUGGCGAGUAGGAGUCUUGGACGUUGUUCUUUCAGAAUAUCUUAACAAAUCCCAUAAUUUCACAAAUUUCAUUUUUAUGACGUCAUCACUUCGGUACUCUAUGGGAAUAACUUAGGACAUUAUAUGAGGUCUUACAUGAAGUGCAUACUAUCAAAAUUUGCAAUCAUCAUUUUCCAGAAAUAAUCUUUGUCAGUGACUAAAUGCGUGCAAAAAUGCCCCACAAACAGUACUGUGAAUGAGAAAAAUUCAAGUUUUGAGCUAAAUAUGGGCUGAAUCUCAAACUAAGGCACAGAAAAGCUCAAAAUAUGAUUUUAUCCGGGAGAUAUGGUGAUCCGUACGGGAGAGCGGGAGAUUGGCGCCAUAUCCCGGAGACUCCCAGAUAAUGCGGGAGAGUUAGUAUAUAUGGAAGUGACCUGAUAAAUUUACAUGCAGUAUUGUAAGUCAGAAACCCUAAUACAGUUAACACAAAAUAAGCCAUUACCAUGAAGUUCCAAAUGUAUGUAGAGCUCCACACAUGAGUAUUCUCUGAAAAAAAAAAUGAUGGCAAAUGUAACUAUGCAAUAAGCAUAGUAUUGUGUCACCUUUUAAAAUUCUCUACCCAACAGAAAUUUUUUUGUUAUGGCUAUAGUGCUGGUAGAUUUACCUUAGCAUUAGCCGAUCAUUAUACAUUUCUGGGAAACUGGCGACUUACCCCACCCCUAAGCCAACGUUUUGCCCUGAAUGAGAAGCAAGUGUUAAUGUUGGCUUAGGGGAGGGUAUGUGGGUAGUUUCCCAGAAAGGUAUAAUGAUCCGCAUUAGCAAUGUCAGUUGUGAUGGUUGUUGAAGUCUUGGUCUUCUGUGGUGUAGGUUGCAUGGUGCUGUUUCUGCUUUACAAUGGUGUUAGCUAGGUGUUCACAGUUUCUUCUUCUUAUACAGUCGACUCUCUCUUAACGGAAACCUCUAUAAGACGGACACCUCUGUAAAAUGGACACCUAGAGAUGGUCCCUGCCUUUGCUUAUAUCCUUUCUUUGACUCUUUAUAAGACGGACAUCUCUCUAAGAUGGACACUUAGCGCCGGUCCCAAAGGUGUCCGUCUUGGAGAGAGUUGACUGUAGUGCUGUUGGGUCUCGUCACCUCAUACAAGUGAGGUUUCUCUGCAGCUUUUACUACGAGACAUCCAGGCUCAGCAGGUCCUUGAUGUACACUUCUGUGCCAGGAUCUGUUGGGUUCAAAGGCAAGGCUCUGUGCCUGCCGUUGAAAGAUGACUGCCGACUUAGUUAUCUCUGGACUACUAGUGGUGUGUUUAAAUCCUUUAGUUAUUACUUGGCAAACCUGGCAAAUUCAAACUUAAAGCACUGUUCAGAUCACACUUUUUGGGGGGUUCUCGAUUUUGUACUUUGUUGCAAAUAUGGCCCUCAGUGCCCUGAUAAUCUCAGUUGACUUUGUUGUUUUUUCCAUGGCUGCCACUUUCACAUACCUUGAAAAGUAGUCAAAAGCUACCAGGUAGCCCAUGCCGUUCCAUUCAUGGAGGACUGAUGCCACCAUCUGCCAGGAACAAUGGGGGUGCCAUCAGCUUUUUAAAACUUUAGACACGGCUUGACACAGAGUUUUAUGAGCUGAACAAAAUUUUAUGUCCUUUGAGUAAGAUUAUUAUUAAAAUGGUACCCGUUUAAAGGUUCAGUUACAGUUUAUAGUUUAUAGUUUUUGCCAUUAAAAGUGGCUGUUUAGGGUAGUCCACUGAAAAAUUAAGGAACCCAAUGAAGGGUUCUAAAUCUGCAAUACAUUACCAAUUUCUAUGACAUAGUUUUGACCUCUGCAAGUAAUGCAGUCUCCUUUCCCAACAUGUUCAACUAAUUAUAUCAGGAAGGGGUUGCGAGUACAGUACCGGUAAUAAAAUCAGAGAUAUCGAGAUCUUGUUUUUAAGUCUGAGACUUUGAGGCAAGUUCUAAUCCACAAAACAGAAAUAACCACACAAGACAAACCUUAAUACUCACCAAAAUCACUCUCAAAAUUUGGAGAUCAAAUCCGAUUUGUUUUAAGUGUAGACCCCCAUAACAGUGUGCAGAGUUAAGGUGUUUAAACAUAUCAAACAUUUGGUAUAUAGCAACUUAAACUGUGUUUGCUCCACUUGUAGUGGCUGACUUUUUAUUGUUCCUAUUUUUUCAUUUAAGUAUUUUUAAAGAAACUGAAGAGAGACAGUAAUACCUCACGAGACAAACUUGAAGGUAUGUUGGCCAUUAAAAGGGUUUAAUAAUCCAUUCCCUAGUAAAAUUAAGAGACCUUCUUUAAGGCGAAUUGGUCCUUUUUUUUAGGGCGGGGGAACUCCCAGUCGUUAUUACAAUCAGUAGCGUAGCCUUAACCCUUCACCCCCUUACAGUCAAAAAACAUGUUUUCAUUUAGCGUGAUCAAUUUUCAUUUUCUUUGUUUUAUGCUCAGUAUCGUAGAUGUACAUUACCAUACACAAAAAUUGGAACUAAAACAAAAACAAUUUUUUUGAAAAAAAAAAUUUGAACAAGAAUAAGAUUGAACAAAAAAAUUUACCUUGUAACAUAACGUAAAUUUAAUUCAAGAACGCUUACUUUGAUGUUCAAUUAAAACUGUUUGCGUUUCGCAUACAUUACUUCUCCCAAAGCCAAACGAGUCAAGUUUUCUUCGUAUUUUCAUUUUAAAUCUCAUUUUUAUUCGGAUGGUUUAAGUCUGAUGUUGUUUCUUUUGUAUUUUUUGUAUUUUUUAUUUUUGUUUCGUGGCAUUUCCCGAGUGACCGCGCUCCCCUUCUCCUCCUCUAUUUAAGAGACAUCAAGUGACCGUACACCCAUUAUCACACCUGACCCAUGAUAAGAAACUCUCGAACCUAGCUUUGCGGUUUUAUUGUCAGAACUUGCCUGAUGAGAGUAAAGAUACUUUUGCAUGUCCCCCUAUAUUGCAUGUAUCCACAGGGUUUAUUCGCAACUUUUGUAUUGCUCAUAAUACACUUUGUUUGCACGUUGUUUUGUAUAACAAUUUUUUCCCAAUUUCUCUUGGGUGUUACAGUUGCUCCAAGACAAAUUGAAGCCCAAGCUUGUGCAAAAUUUUUGGGGGCAAACAAGAUGCAUUAUGGACAAUGCGAAAGUGGUGAAUGGAUAUUAUACACUCAAUGUCAGAUCCCGAGGGAAACAGUUAGUUUUGUUUUCCCGAGAGUCCUGAUGUCAGGACUCGAGGGAAAACAAAACUGACUGGUUUCUCGAGGGACCAGACAUUAAGUGUUUUGGUAUAUUUCUAGACUUUCACUUCAACGCACUUCAACAGCAACAAAAGAAUACGCUUAAGCGGAGCGAAUCAAAGCAGUACGGCUCGAUACUUAUAAUAACACAAAUUUAAUUCUCAAAACCACUGAAUGAAUGAUUUACAAGGUACUUUCCUUAUAUAUCAUCUGCAUCUUUUUCCUCCACUAGCUGCUGUUUCUCCUCGGGGAUAACUUCGAAAAUCGUUGCUUUUUAGCUUGAGACUUCAUGUUUGUGUUGUUGUGAAUCUUGUUGGGUUCAUUCACGAAAAGAAAACUGCCAGUGUUUUUCCCGCCUUUUGUCACGCCACUUUCCACCAUGCUCUGAUCACGUGCUGUAAUGUAUCCCAAGCGGGGUACAUUGCUUAAUGUAGCACGAUCGGGAUACAUUUGAUUUUAGUCAAGGCCACGUGACCAAGAAUCAACCAAUGGCUGUCCCUGUCUAGUUGAGUGAAAGUCUAGGAAUAUAACAAUUGAUGUUGAUAUUACACAGAGCAGCUAAAGAACUUGAAUGAUCAGAUCCUCGAAAGUGAGAGAAAAAUCAGGGACAAAGCCAACCAAGAAAAAGGUAUUUUUACUUAUAAACUUUGUUAUAAAAAGACAAGAAGCCACCUUGGUUGUACCUUAUAGAAGCUGUGUCACAUUCGAACCUGCGCAUUAAAUUCUUACAAAUAAUUUUAUAUCAAGCUGCUUUCAGCCUAUAUCGGCUAGCCUGACACUGUUUUCUUCCCGGUUUUCCAAACUUGUUUAUUAAUUUUUAUUCUGUUAUGACUAGUACACUUUCCAUUUUCUUUUUUUCGUUUUUGCCAUGUAACAAACAGGUGUUCAGUUAGUUUACGAAGAGCAAGACUGACUCAAGGCCUCAGUCCUGUAGCAACCAAGUCAAAAAAUUGCGACUAACUGAGUGCGAGACAGGAGAAAUAGCAAAAGUGUUGUCCAAUAAGGGUCUGAUAAAAAAAAAAAUUACACUUAUCGAAUAUCCUUUCAAGGGAGAAAAUCAAUGUUUCUCUUAUCUGUCGGCCCCUAAAAGUACAUGGACAUAUUCCUUUCAUCUGUUGAUAUCAUAGAGUUUUCCUCUUUUCUUGCCCUUUAUCAAGCAAUAUGCCUUCAUUUACUGUACCUUCCAUCAGUGCCUAAUAUCAAACAAGUUUUAUUGUUAUAAUUUGAACAAGAACUAACGUUUCAAUUGUACAGAUAAACGUGUUUUCAAACGAACUUGACAUCAGAUAUCUAGCGUUCAUUGUUCUUCUAUAGGUUUGCAUUUAUCAUUCGUCAUCGCUUUCAUCAUAGAACCAUAUUAGGUCCUCAUUGUCACUGGAGUGACCAAUUGGCACUAAUGUUAAUUUCAUUAUACUGUUCCCCAGUCGUUGGGACGGCAAUACCACAUUUGAAAAACGAGCGAAUAGUGAUCAUCGACGCCGGAGAGAUUUCUUGCCAAGCUUACCCUUCGGCCAUUUUGUCAAAAGAACCAGCGGUUUUUAAUUGCAUAAGCGCGCUCAGUGAUCUCUAAAGAGAAAAUGGAGGGUCUGUAAACAGGCUAAACGUCAAUAGGCUGGACCUUACCUUUUGUCUCUGGUGGGACUAAGGUAAGAGUAUUGUUACAUGAUCCUGAACGUCGAGAAAUUAAAGUUAUGGAGCAGAGAGAAUUCACUGAGGAUGAAAGAGACAUUAUGCUUUUUGCGCAGUCGUGGUCAAUUUGUUUAUUUUAUUAAUGACACAUUUUAGCCAUCCGAAAGUAACAGCUAUCUGAAAGUUACGGCCACCCAAAAGUUGCGGCCCCUCUGGCCUGCUAAUUCCGAAGGUAACGGGGGCUGUUACUUGCCGAACUCUACUGUAAUGCAAUUAUUGAGUCAAAAUUCAUUUCAUUUACUGCAUGACACAAUUAAAAAGACACUGAACGUUUUUUUUUGCUGAAGAGAUAAUAAUCUUUCUCAAUACUUUUUUCUUGUUAUAAUUUAGACUUCAAAACAGUCCGCAUUUUUGCGUGUUCAAGUGUUCGCAAACAAAAGGUCUGGAGCGAGGCUGAAAAAGGCUCGCGCGCACGCUAAGCUUUACCGAUUUUGAGAAAAAACCAACUUCUUUGCAGUUUAGUUAUAAUUGUACUAUUCGACUUACAAUGAAUGUCUUCCCCCAGAAAAAAUCAGAGAUGACCUCGAAGACAUCAAAAGCAAACUAGGAAGCAUGGGCGAGAAAUUGAGAACUUCAGCAAAUGAAGGUAAUUUGCCUAUGGGUAGUAUUGUAGUAUUUCAAGCAAUGGAGAUUUUGAGUGAAUUUACUUCUUUUGACAGAAAAAUUUGAAGAGAGUAACAGGCUUUGCGAUUUGCUAGGAAAAUUCCCAUAAUCGUGAGAUUACAGGUACAACAGGUCCCAAGUUUUAAUCCCGUGCGUUCGAGCCAAACUUGGCCAUCCGGCUUGUUCCGGUAUUCAUUGACACGUUGAGGAAUUUUUCUGCCACUGCAUGGAUGGGAUGCUAAUCCAAGGCAUGUUUACCCCUAGCAUUAAAUUCGCUGGUACCCAUGUAUACACUUGGGUGGAAUGAGGCACAUUGAAUGCAACGCAGUGUUUGCCCCCAGGGCUUGAGCCUGGAACUCUCGAUCCAGAGUUCACACUAACCAUUAGGCAACCACGCCACUCAUUACCUAUUUCAAUACUUAUUAUUUUUUCAACCAACGGAAGUUUUGCUUAAAUUUUUAUCCCCAGACAGAGAAAAAUUUGAGGAGAUUAAAGGUGAAAUAACAGCCAUUAGAGAAAAGUUAGAUGCAUUGACAUCAGCCGGACAGGAAAGCAAUGGCAAAGGAACAUGUAAGAUCUGCAGAUAAGUUCUGCACUUAAGGACUAUAAACAGUGUCCGCGUCAAUAUUUGUCUGUUUUAAGCGGGCUGAAUUUAGAAAACAACAAAAAGGCCUUUACGGGGAAACUGGUGAAAGUCCACAAUGGAACACACAGUUGACGCUCUCUUACGCGAUCACCUGAGAAAUUCGAAAAAGUGGUCGUAAUUAGAGCUGGUCGGGAUUGAGCUCUUGUAAGCGACCGCAUUGUAAACAAUACGGGGUAGUCCCUUACGAGAGCUGCAGAAAAUCAUUCAUAAUUCAUAAAGAAAAACAAAAGAAAUUGAUAUUUAAUGAGCGUCUUUUAUAUCUCAUAAAGACACGGCUAAACUUUACAUCCAAUUUUUUAGAUCAUUAGCGCAGUGUGCAGUUUCAUGUAAGUGUUGAUUUAUAUGAAUAAGACUGUGGGUCACGUGGCCGCUGAGUGGUCGCUUACUAGAACUUAAAAACAAAGGAAAAGUCCAGUUGGGUAAUCCCAAAAGUAAUCGCGGUCGCUUAUGGGAUUGGUCGCUUACGAGAGCUUUUCAUUACAAAGUGUAAGUCGCAGUUUAAACAUGGUUUCACAGAGGUGGUCGUAACUGGAGCUGGUCGCUUACGAGAGUGGUCGUAAGGAGAGCUUCGAUUGUAUUAUUGGAUUUUGAUUUAUGUUUGCCUCUUAGUUAUUUACGCGAUUAAAAUUUACGUGCUUUAACGUGCGUAGCCAAAAACGCGUCAGUGGAAAUCAACCUUAAUUCCCAUUUCCCUUGGAUUUCUCCCCACUUGUCAGUCAUUUUUACUCGGUUGACUCGAACUCGGAUAACUCGAAUUCCCCGCUAACUCGAACUAAAUUUCCUUUCCCGUGAUCUAAAUUUCAUUGAAACUUACCCAAUAACUCGAAAUAAGUUAAAUUUGCACUGCACUACAGGGUGUCCCAAACGUUCGUUCCUCUAAUUGCAUGCCCUACAACUUUUGAUCAAAACUUUAUUUUUACAUGAAAUUUCAAAAAGAUGUUUAUUGCUCUAUCGGUACUUGUAUUCAGAAGUUCAUUAACCGGCAUGCCCUCUUUGUUUUUUUUAUCACAUUCCGUAAAGACGUUGCGGCAUGGAAUUGGAUAAGUCAUGUAGCGCCGGUAGAGGCCCAGAUGAUCCAUUUUGAGGUUUUUUAUCACCUGGUACGGAAGAGCCACUUCGACACCCAAACAAUAUCAUUAUAUAUAUGAGGCAUAAGUAUUUGUUUACAAAUUUGAGACGGGCGCGCUGAACGUUAACGUUGCUUGGUGAACUGAGCAGAGCUUUUUUUGCCAUAUCAGGGGCCUCCAACCCUCGCUUUUCAUUAACCUGCUCCAGACUUGGCCUGCUAACUGUUGAGGCUACCUUGCCAAGUUCCUCUUUUGUACGUAGCCUUUAGUUGCUUUUUUAGGACGUUCGGUCUUUCCCUUCAUUUCUUGUCUUCAAAAUCUUCAUUUCUCGGUGACCAAUUUACCACCCAACAUUCGGGCUUUUCCCCAUUUUCUAGAAAUUUUUUUAAACUGAUAAGCUAGUAGGUCAAAGUGUACAUGAUUAUGCCCUCGGCGUAGCUCAGGACCGUUUUCGAGUUAAGAGGGUUUAUCUUUCAUGAUAUUCACAAGAAAAAAAAACGAGGAUGGAGCUCGAGCAAUAGACCUCUUUAGCUUGUAUGUUUUGUUCUCCCAAUACAGAUCAGUAUCAGUGAACCUUUAAUAGACGUGGAUGAUUAACAUUGAUUUUGAGAUCUCUUAUUCCUUUAUCUCAAUUUUAAUCCUUUCAUAUUCUGGGAUUUCUUGAUGUUUAAGUGUAACCUACCCCCGCCCCCCCCUUUUGUGUUAUAAAUUGUGCAUUUAAAGCAAUUUUUGUUGAUUAAAAAGUCCUACAAUUGAUAUUUUCAACUAUAUAUUUUUGGGUUUUUACAUUUUAUAUCUCUGUCAAGUCUGGAAAAAUAGGGUCUUGUAUUUGGGGGGUAGGUUAUUGCCAGUUUAGGCUAAGUAGGUUUUUAAUUAUAUUCUUAUUUUCUAUAAAUGAGAUAUAGUUGUUGAUCACCAGAAAAAUAAAUAAACUUGAGUUCGGUCCUUAAAUUAUGCAGUAUUUAUUCACAACUGUAUUACGAUAAGCCCAAUAAAACUGAUUACAGAAUCUACAUAUGCAAUACGGUUACAAUGUAUCUGUCUAUUAUUCUUGUUUUGUAAGUUUGUAUUUUUAAAGUCAAACCCCAUUGGCUUUUUAAAUGUGUUAUCAUAAUAAUUUAACUGUAACCCACAUGUAAGAACCUGCUUGAUCUUGCUUGGCUAAACAGGCUGUUAUUAUUUUUUGUUAUUAAGAUGGUAAAUUUCUGCCAGCAGUUUCUUAAACCACUAAGUUCUUAUAAUUACAUGCGGAGUUUUACAGUAAUGAGAACUACUUUUAUUAAAAUGAGAACCAGAGGAAAUGUUUGGAGAGCUGCGUGGAUUCAGUGAUGAUUCUAUCUUAGCAAUUUGGAAUUUCAAGAGGAUAGAUAAUAUGACAUUAAGCUGGUUUCAGUUGUAGGCGGUCUUCUAAUUUGCAUUAACAUUCUUUAUUUCUUGCAUUCUUGAACGUCUAGAUCAUGGAGAGGCAAGUACUGCAAGUGGUACCGUUAGACCUGGUGUUGCUGCAGGGCCUUCAGAUUUAAACAUGAAGCAGACUCAUCAUGACCAAGGUAUAGAACUCUACUAAGGGCAUAAUGAAACUCUGUUAAGAUCGUUCGAAACUUUUUUGCUAAAAUAUGGUUGGUAGAGGCGAAUGGUUAUGAAAGCUGCCUAAAAUCAAUGGUGUUGCAGUUUAUGUCGAGAGCUCCCUUACCAUGCACAGUCGUUUGAUUUUGGUUCGUUUCUACCUGUUGAUUCAGUCAACAUGGUAGGAAUGCUAAUAAACGUUGUGCACGGUCAAGUCAAAGAAAGCUGACAAAAAUAUUUUUAGGGGGGCUCCCACGAAUAUGGUCAACCUCUUUUCGUUUGGUUUUCACGUGAUUGACCGAGCGUACGUACGUACGCACUCGUCUAGAGAUUGUACGGGUAGGGUAGGGGAGACAAUCAAAAGGAAGGGAGGGGUGUCUCAGGGGUGUCUUGGUAAAUCCACAUCUUUUACAUUGGACAUUUACCAUAUGGUCUAGGGGAUAGUCAAUUGACUGCUGUCAAAACAGGAUAGCUACUGACCAGUAUCACAUGACCAUAUCGCGGGCUCAUAUGUCAACUCAUCGAGGUGACGUGAUUUAUUUGGAAACUGUCCGCUGACCAGUUAAUUGUUUUACUAGAUCGCGAUCAAUGUUCAAUCUCACACUUUCUGGCCAGUUUGGGAGCGCAGGAAAACUGAUAAUGCACACAUAUUGGACAUCAAUGUUGUGAUCAAUUGACAGCUGUCAAAACAGGGUAUCCGUUGACCAGUAUCACUUGACCGUAUCGCGGGCUCAGGAUGUACAAAAUGAAAUUCAGCUGCUAUCAGGAGUAUUCUGUUAUUCAUGGCUUGUUUUUUUAUUGGGUUUCUGGUUUAGUCAAAGUCGGAAAUCCGAUUUCGGAUGGCAUUGUUUUCAUUUUUCACCGUGCUUGAUGCGUAAGAGGGUUGAAAAGUCUGAAGCGAUACUGGCUUUACUUGAUACCUUUCAGGAGCUGCAUCUCGAAUGGUAAGCCUGAGUAAUUAUUGUGUUUGAUGUUUGUUUUUAAUGAAGUCGAGCGUAGUUUAUGCGACUAUUUAGUUUAUGCACGUUUGUAAGAUUUGAGACAAUGAUCUUACUGAGUAUCAGGUUUGAUAUAAGCUUACUGAACUUUAAAAAAACUUUCGACAUUUUCUCACCACUAAUAGAAAGAAAACGUUCCAAAGAAUAUUUAGUUAUAAUUUUGGCUGCAGAGAGAAAGCUUUGAGCGAUUUUCUUGCCUCGAGUUUAUCUUUGAAAAAUACAAACACCGGGAAGCCGGCUUAAAACAUAAACUUAAGCUUUAAGCUUGAAGACUCAGGAAUUUUAGAGACACUUUAAUACUUGUCUUCUUGAAUUAAAAUUAUUGUCGCUGUAUAUGUUUCACCGAAUUAUAUUUCUUUUGUUGAUUGUUAGUAGUGUGACGCGAGGCAAACCCCGCGGGUACCCCUCUAAGUAAGUCUCGUGACAUGGCGUAAUAACCAUGUGCGAAGAAAUGAUUGUGAGACUAGUCGAGUAGCAGAUUAAACAUGUGUUGUUCUCUUAACGCCGUGUUUUAACUGGGAAUCGUGGCGUUACACUGGUGGCAGCGGUAAACAAAGACGAACUUCACGGAUAUAUGUGUUCAAUGGCGAUAUUUUCAUGGUUUGCGUGACUGAGUUUCAUCGCCCUCCGUUGUUUUUCAUCCAAAGUCUCUUCGUGUGUUUGCUAUCGUGGUGUCGCUCGUUUGCAAUGGCGAAAAACUCACUUGUGGAUUCAGGAUUUAAAGGAAUGAGUUGUUCCACGCCAGCUAAUCCUUUUAAAGCGGGAAACCCAUUUACAUCAGGGUCUGUUUCAUCUGUAGACUCAUCAAUGCAUGUGGAGAGUCCAGGUCGGCGAUUUCAAUCAGCGGGCCCGUUUGCAUCGCCGCUGGAUCCGUCAGUACAUGGUACCAGUGCAAGUCAUCGAUUUUGCUCCAAAAACCCGUUCGCAUCGGAGAGUCAACAGGAUACUUACUCCACUGAUUUGUUUACACACCGCCCGAAGUUAAACAAGCCUAUUAAAAAUCCUGCGGAUUAUGAUGGUUCUCAGUCGCUACUUGAUUAUUUGAAACACUUUGAGCGUUGCUCUGUUGUUAAUGGUUGGAACCAAGAAGAAGCCGCUCUAUUUCUUGCUGCAGGCCUUCGAGGAGAAGCCCAAAAGGUGCUUAAUGGUAUGUCUGAUAGCGAUUGUCGAAAUUACGCCAAAAUUGUUGACAAAUUGGAGCUUCGGUUUGGUGUUGAAAAGCAGCGUGAGUUACACCAAGUGCGCCUUCAUAACCGUCGCCAACUGGAAAACGAAAGUGUUCAAACUCUUGCUGCUGAUAUUCGCUCUCUGUCAAGUUUAGCUUAUCAGGACUUAUUUCCGGACACUCAAGAAAGAUUUGCCGUCCAGCACUUUAUUGAUGCACUCAAGGAUCGAGACGACAGGCUUAAAUUACGUAGAGAUAAACCUCGCACCUUAGAUGACGCCCUGUCGCUGGCUUGUGAACUUUGAGGCGUUUCGUCUCGUGGAUGGAGAUGAGCGGAGAAGCUCUCUUCAGGUUCGCUCUGUGGAUGAAGUUGAUAAAGAGCCUGAUUUGCUUAAAGCUCAGCUGGAUAUGUUACGUUCUGACAUUCGAAUGCAACAACAACGUCAGGAGACUCACCAAGUUGCUAUGCAACAGUUCGUUGAGCAGAUACAGCAGCUCUGCAAGUCGCUCUCCUUGAGCACCUCUGUUAGCCAACAGCGAUUACCUCCUUCACGUUACUCCAACCGCAAUGUUCAAUGCUGGAAUUGCAAAGAAUUUGGCCAUUAUCGUCGUAACUGCCCCAAGUACAAGUCACUUGACCGAGCCAACCCGGGCUCGGGAAACGGCCGCAGGGUGUCGCCCACGGGCCAGGGGGAUGCCUAAAUGCGAGUGAUGUUGGCCCCACAAGUGGUACUGAUGUGAACAAUGCAUUCUCUCAGCAAUUGCCAAACCAGGAAAUGACAUGUCCUGAUACACCCAUGGAACGGUCACAUGUUAAUGAAAAUUUACGAGGCCUUUACUUGCCAGGCUUUCUUGGAGGAUCUCGUGUCAUGUGGUUGAUAGACACUGGUGCCGCACGUUCAGUUUUGUCGUUCGAGGUUUAUAAUUCUUUACCUGCUAGCGUUAAGUUCAGUUUGAGUUCAGAACAUUCUGCCAUUGCUCUUGCUAACGGUCAACAAGCGAAAACUUAUGGUGUGGGACAUGUUGUCAUGCGCCUUGGUAACAGCGAGUUUCAAAUGCAUGUAAUUGUUGCUGAGAUUGAGGAUGAGGGCAUUUUGGGUAUGGACUUCUUGUCACAAGUUGAUUCACGUUUUGACAUUGCGACAAACCAACUUGCAAUUAAUGGUGAAGUGUUUGAUUGUUCUGAUUUCAAGAACCAACCCCUUAGUUCCAGAUGUAUGGUUCGACGGUCAACCAUGAUUGAACCUAACACUGAGGUGAUCGUCCCAGUCCUUGUUCACAAGCGUUCAUUUAACUUAGACCCAAAGUCGUCUCAAUCAGGCACGCGAUUGUUAGAACCAUGUCUGAACUCACAUUGGCAACAAAAUGGACUUUAUGUUGCAAGGACUCUGGUUGAUGUUACGGAGGACAGGGUGGUCCCCUUACGUGUUUUCAAUGUUUCUAAUGAAGUGUUUCAUUUGGCUGCUGAGACUGUGAUUGCCCUCGCUAAGCCAGUUACUGAUGUCACCUCACUAGAGCUUAAUCAAGAGAACCAUGACGGUGCUAUGGGCCAAGCUAGAGUAAUAAAUGAACAUGUGUCACAAGGAGCAGUCGAUAUGACGCUACCGAAGGCCUUGCAGGAACUACUUGAGAGAAGCACAGAUAAUUUAACUGACAGUGAAACUGAGAGACUGCAGGAGUUGUUAUUCAAUUACCAGCAUGUGCUCUCAAUUUCAGACGGGGACUUAGGCACCACGCACAUGGUCCAGCACAGAAUCGAUACGGGCAAUGCUCUCCCAAUCCGAAUUCCACCCCGACGAACUUCACCGUGGAAACAUCAUGAGAUAGAACGACAUGUUACUAACCUCCUACAGCAGGGCAAGGUGAAGGAAUCGUCCAGCCCCUGGUCUUUUCCGGUUGUGCUUGCGACCAAAAAGGACGGUAGCCAAAGGCUGUGCGUGGACUACCGCCAGCUUAACGCAGUGACGAUAAAGGAUGCCUUCCCCUUGCCUCGGGUUGAUGAUUCUCUUGCUGCUUUGAGUGGUUCCCGAUGGUUCUCAACUUUGGAUCUUGCCUCAGGUUACUGGCAAGUGGCGAUGGAUGCGGGCACCCAGGAGAAAGCAGCAUUCGUAACUUCAAGCGGCCUGUAUGAGUGGACCGUGAUGCCUUUCGGCCUCUGCAACGCACCCAGCACCUUUGCCAGAUUGAUGCAACUUGUUUUGAAGGGCCUACAUUGGAAGAUUUGUUUGAUCUAUCUUGAUGAUGUGAUAGUUAUGGGACGCACGUUUGAAGAGGAAUUAGAGCGGUUGAAAGAAGUGUUCGAGCGACUAGCCAGGGCAGGACUAAAACUUAAGCCAAAGAAGUGUUUUCUCUUCCAGAAACGGGUUUCGUACCUCGGACAUGUGGUCACGGAAGAGGGCAUUGCUGCAGACCCUGAAAAGGUGGAGCAAGUUCGCACCUGGCCCAUCCCAGAAAACAGCACGGAGGUCAAAAGUUUCCUUGGACUUGCCUCUUAUUACCCGCCGAUUCAUCCCUGAUUUCUCGACCAUAGCUAAGGCGUUGUACAAGCUAACGGAAGUCAAGGCGGAAUUUGUUUGGACAGAGCAAUGUCAGCUGGCUUUUUACAGCCUGAAGGGUUUACUUACGUCCGGUAGAGUCCUAGCCUACCCUACUAGGGAGGGAAGGUUUGUGCUAGACACCGAUGCGUCAGACCAUGGCAUUGGGGCAGUGUUGUCACAGUUUCAGGACGGGGUGGAAAAACCCAUUGCGUUUGCAAGUCGGACAUUGUCCAAGUCUGAAAGGAACUAUUGUGUGACGCGUCGUGAGCUCUUGGCAAUCGUUGAGUUUGUUAAGCAACACCGGCAUUACCUACAAGGUACAAGAUUCUGCAUUGGAACUGAUCAUGCCCCUUUGCGUUUUGUUGCCCAGGCCAAAGAUCCCGAGGGACAGCUUGCACGUUGGAUUGAUUACUUGAGUACUUUCGACUUCGAGAUCCAGUAUCGACCAGGACAGCGACAUCUGAAUGCUGAUGCACUUUCCCGUAGGCCAUGUGAUGUCCGUUGUAAGUGGUUUAAGGGUUGGAAGUCACAGGAGCGAGCGUCAUCUGUUGAUGUGGGUGUUCAGACUGUGAUGCAUGUCCCUUGCCAGGACAUCAAACAACCUGUGAAUUGUGAAGAACCUGCUGGUGCUCGUUGUGCCAUUGUCAAGUUAGAACCAACCUGGACUUCAACUUUCUUGAGGGAACAACAGGAAGCUGACUUUGAUCUCAAGGUUAUUAUUGGUUGGAAGGAAGCCGGCAAAGAAAAACCAUUCUGGGAAGAUGUGUCGCCUCAGAGUUGUGCUGUGAAGACGUUGUGGUCACAGUGGGACCGGCUGCUCUUCAGAAACCGUGUACUUUGCCGCAAAUAGGAAAGCGACGGAGGUGACCAGAUUAUUGACCAGGUCAUUCUUCCCGAGAGUCUUCGACAGCCUGCCCUUGAAGCUCAUCAUAGUCAUACGACUGCAAGUCAUCGUGGUAUACGAAAGACCCUAGGCGCCCUUCAAUCUCGUUAUUACUGGCCAGGACUUACUUCAGCAGUUCACAGAUUGGUCGCCAGGUGCCAUGUCUGUGGGUCUAAGAAAACCUGGGGACGCAAACGUCGUGCUCCGUUAAAGCAGUACUUGGUGGGAGCUCCCAUGGAACGAAUCGUGAUUGACAUUCUUGGCCCACUGCCAGAAACCCCGCGAAAGAACAAAUCUAUACUCGUGGUUAGUGACUAUUUCACUAAAUGGACUGAGAGGUAUCCAAUACCCAACCAGGAGGCCACCACUGUUGCAGAGAAGCUUUUGAGCGAGUUCAUUUGUCGCUUCGGUGUACCCCGUCAGCUUCAUAGCGACCAAGGAACUAACUUUGAGUCAAAGGUGUUUGCUGAAGUCUGCAGGCUGUUAGACAUUGAGAAGACCGGCACCACUCCCCUGCAUCCCCAGUCUGACGGACAGGUGGAGCGUUUUAACAGAACCCUCAUUGAAAUGUUACGUGGGAAGAUCCAGCAAGACCAGACAGACUGGGAUCUACAACUUCCAACUUGCAUGAUGGCCUAUCGAGGUGCUGUUCAUGAGUCAACCGGGGUUUCACCUAACCUCUUGAUGUUGGGUAGGGAACUGGAGGUUCCCCUGGAUGUCAUAACUGAGAGACCACCUGAUGCAUCACCACUCAAGACGGACUAUGCUGAAGCUGUUCAAAAGAGAUUGGCUAGUGCGCAUGAUUUGGCCAGGCGUCAUUUGAACAAGGCAGCUGUACGGCAGAAGCGAAACUACGACAAACGGCUUUCCGGGAGACCAUUUGUUAUUGGUGAUUCUGUUUGGCUGCAUAACGUUCGGAGCAAAAAGGGGAUAAACGCCAAACUUGACUGUCCUUGGGAAGGACCCUACCUUGUAAUAUCGGUGCUAUCGGAUGUGGUGUACCGUACUCAGAAGAGCCGAAAGGCUAAGCCUAAGGUCGUUCACUCAGACAGAUUAAAGCCUUACCUGGGACCCCCACUGGAGAGAUGGAUUCCGAAAAGGCAGACGCGGUUAUUGAGCCCAAGAGGAGAGGAGAGACAGACAUCGGUUGUGGAUUCAAAUUGCGUGGACGAGGGACAGUCAGCUCCGGUUAACGCGAGAGAGGGAGCUGAGCGCGACGAAACGGAAUCUACGGAAGCAGACAAGGAUGAUGUUUCCCCGAGACUCCAGAAUGCUGAUUUCAUUGGGGAUGAUAGCGGUGACAAGCCUGAGGAUGUGAGGAAACCUGAGCCUCGUGCGAAAUUGACGACCUCUGUUGCACAUGACCUCAACCAGGCGGGUGUCGGCUGUCAAACAGCUGAGUCGACUGUACAAGGUCUACCUGGGAUUGAUUCAAGUGUUUGUGGGAGACCGUCAAGGCAGCGAAAGCCACCAAGUCGAUUCGGAACUUGGGUGACUGAUUAACCUGAAAUGUUCAGGGACUGACAAGUAUUAUAGGACAGUCUAGGCAACUAGACAAGUAUAAGUUAAUGCCUUUCAUUACCUAAGAACUGUAGACGCUUGGCACGUUGAUGAACGAACAUUUGAGACUUGAUCUGUUGCGUUUAAUUGAAGUUGUUUUUGGAAACUAUCUGUGAAAUAGUGGACCAGCACUGGGACAGUGCUUAAAUAGGGGGUGGGGGAAAAGUGUGACGCGAGGCAAACCCCGCGCGUACCCCUCUAAGUAAGUCACAUGACAUGGCGUAAUAACCAUGUGCGAAGAAAUGAUUGUGAGACUAGUCGAGUAGCAGAUUAAACAUGUGUUGUUCUCUUAACGCCGUGUUUUAACUGGGAAUCGUAACGUUACAGUAGUCUGUCUUGUAAUUUUAAUCGCUGUGCCGUUUGUUUCCAGUCGUUCAGUGAACAUUGCUUGCAGGAGUACUCAAAAUGCCGCUCGAAUCAAACGCUUUUGAAGAUUACCCAAUAAAUAAAAAAUAAACAUAAUAAAUUCUUCAUUAUGUUGGAGCGUAACUCUAUUAAUGUUUAUUCAAACACUCGACCACAUCUCGCACUGCAAAAAUGAGAACCGGCUGGCCGUAUAGGUGAUUUUGGAAAUUUUUUAACGGUUUAGGUAAAAGCCCACGAAUGCUUCGAUGGUCCUGAAUAUUGAACGAGUGCAAUUUUUAUUGCAAAUUGUGAAAUACUGCAUUCUGUCCGAGGUCUGUAUGAUAAAAACAGUGCCUCAUAGUACUGUUUCACCUCAGAUGUGAUGUAUAAAUGGUAUAAAGGGUUGGUUUACACGCACCCAGAUUUGUUAGCACGAUUUUGUAAACUAAACUUGUCGAACGCAAAAAAUUCGGCCUGAUUUUUUCCAGACCUAAUUAAUCUACGGUGAUCAAGAGCCAUUAUGGCUCUUAAAUGUGAUCGAAGAUGAUUGCCAGUUUUUAGGUGUACAUAUGAGGCAAUCAAGUCGAUGUAAGAUUUGGUUCACUCUUGGGCUGUUUGCGAAUUUUUUUUCUCUAAGAUCACUUAGCCUUUCCCCCAAAAGUCACAUGAAUGUGCUCCAAAGUUAACUGAAUUGUGAAAUAGAAGUUUAUUGUUUGAUUUAAAUUAUAAAUUUAUUAAUGGGAGCCACGCUUUUAGCCCUGGUUAAAUCUAUAUAUGUGACCCUCCACAGGAAUUUGAUGCUAAAGGUGAAAGCACGCUCACCACACGCUUGCACGACACGCUUAGCGUUCCGUAGAUCACGGAUAUGCGUAUAUUAAAUUGAAAAAACAAAGACGGACACACUUGCCUUUGUUUUUGGAAUUUGAUCGUAACCGUAGGCAUUUGAAAAUCACGACUUAAUGGUGGUCUAGCCUGGAAUUAACGCGAGAUCAGUGUAAACCAAUUCCUCCGGCUGUCGGCUGUUGACCGGAAUCGCAAAGAGGCCUGCUAUCGCGUGCGAGGCACUGAAGUUAUGUCGCCUGAAAAUUAUAGUUAUGCCACCGGAAUAUUUAUUAGCAGUAAUGCACAGAGAAAUGAAGUUGAAUAAGUUAGUUUAUUAGAUUUCUUUCAGCCAUGCUGAGACGAACGACGGUAAUUAAAUCGGAGAAACAAAAACUGCCUAGAAUUUUCUAUAGUUUGAGGAAGGCUAAACAUUUCUAGAUGACCGUUCCAUGCAUGUACAAUUUUUCGAAGCUUCUCAAAUAAAUUCCUUACGAUUUUCUGAAGUUUAAUUUUUUUCAUUUCACUCCCCAAGUUAAGCUAUUUUUCGUAGAGAAUUAAGGAAUCCCAAAAUUUUCGGAACCGCAAAUACGAUAAAAUUCUCACUUUCCUAAAACUUUCAAUUGGAAGCUGAAUUUUUCGGGAAAAUAAUGCUGAAGCCCUUGUAAUUUGGAAAAGACUGAAGUUGUCCUAGGAUGCUAGGAUGCAUUUAGGAGGAAAUCGCCGUCAGGUGCCCCUGACGAACGAAGCUCUGUCAAUCAUAAUUUAUGUGAAGAUAUCUCGUUACGCUAUGCUAAGACGAAUCAAGCGCUGUAAACGUGUACUAUAUCUCGUUCUUCACAGGACGAAAAAAACCAGAAUUGGGCGACAAAACUCAUAAUAUCAGGCUUUGGACGACAUCACUUUCGAGCAGCUUGACCGUCACCCCUUUAGAUCGAGCUCGAUCAAUUAAUUCAAUGACCGAUCUUUAUCGAAUAAAUGAUUGCCUUCAAGAAUUUCACUCGGACUACUUUUAAUUUAGUUCUUUUUCUCUUUUCUCAGUGUGUGACUGACAGAGAUUUAAUUCUCGGAUCGAGCUUUAGUACUCUAAACACGCCGUAUCAUCGUGGCAAAAACAAAGAAUCAAACAAAAAAGCACCAUACAAUUUCGGAAUUCUGUUAAAAAAGACAUUUUUUCUUUACUAUUCAAAAAGCGCUAAAACAGUCAUUAAUUAACUGAUGUUUGUCUCCGUUGCACGCAUCACUGACGCAUGAAUGUGUUAUCAAUCGUUUCUUGAGUACAGAAACAGUUAAUCAGUUACGAUGGAGCGUUCACGAAAUGGCACAAUGAUGAGUUUAAAUUCGCAAGAUUUUGAAAAUUUGGAAAGCGUCGAAGAACUGUAUUUUGGUGAGCGAGAAACUGAAGAUAAUCAAGAGCGUGCUUUCACCUUUAGCAUUUUAAAAAAUCCAGUGGAGGGUCACAAAUAGUUUGUAAAUUGCAUAUAGGGUUGUAUUACUAUUACUAAUCUUUAUAACAUUUUUAUUUUUUUUAUACAAUAUCCUUUCAUAGUCCGAUAGUUUUGCUUUUUAUAUUGUAGAUUUCAAUUCAAUUUUUUUAUUUGUAGUAUAUUAUAGAUUUUCAUUUUUUUAUAUUGUAGUUUUUAACAGGUGAAGGGCCACUAGGUGGAUACACUGUUAAUAAACCAUUAUUAUUAUUAUUAUCAUUAUUACAGGUAAUCACAUGAUUUCGAGUGCAAUUUGGGAUGAAUCAGCACAAGUAAAUUUUUCAAAGGUUAACCAAAUUGUAAUUAAUUUUGUGGUCUUUGAAAAAUUUACGACUGCUUAUUUAUCCCAAAUUGUACGAGAAUAACCGUCUGAUUACUUGUUAAUAAUAUACAUGCAAAAGUUUGACUUGCUUUUCCUCUUUUACGUGUCACCGAGCCACCCCUCCUUGUUCCCACCUACAAAUGACAACCUCGACCACGAUUGGUCUAGAUUUUGAUAGGUGAAGAUUGACGGACAAAAACCACUAGAAGCUUGAAAUUUGUUUACCGAAAAGUGAAGCCUUUUGUUGUUUUACGUUUUUAACUUUUCAAGUUAUUCCACUGCUGCCACGGAAAACCCAAACCCUACGGAAAACCCUACAACUGCGAUCAAGAUUAUAUUCCUUUGCUUUUUUUUGUAUAUUUGGGUUUUGGUUGAGGAAAGCGUCGCAACGGGGAUUUCAGCGAUGGCUGUUUUUGUCUCGUUUAACGGUGGGCAUAAUUCUUUUAAGUUUCAGUCAUACGGUACGGUGACUCAUAAGAUAAAUGUGCACAAGCUUUUAAACAGAUUUCUGACUGUAAAUGAAAAGGACAAGUUCUAAAGAAAACUUAGUCGUCGGCCGUACGGUCCUACUCGGGACCAUAGUUACGUAGAUACUCUCGUUUGCAGGGACGAUUGUAAACAGUCAAGAGCCAUAAUGGUCCUAUUAUGGCUCUUGAAACAGUCUACUCACUACCAUAUAAAAAUUUAAUAUUUCAGAAUUAGACAUAAUUUUUAUUAACUUCGCUUAUUUUUUUAACUUCUUAUCUAAAACAUAAAUUUCUGCUUUAAUUUCACUUUUUUAUAGAUUCCCAGUCAACAGCAUAUUCGGACAGCGCUAAGAAGCAAAAAGGAGAUCUAUCAACAGGUGAUUGAAAGGGUAUCAAUACAAACUAGGAAUAACAUAUUGUUUAUUUUGCAAAUAGAUAAGUUAAAACAUUUGGUUAUUGUUCUACUCUUUUUGACCCCACGUCUUAGCUUUCAGAUUAAUAUAUAGAUUUAGCCAGGGCUAAAAGCGAAGCUCCCAUUAAUAAAUUUAUAAUUUAAAUCAAACAAUAAACUUGUAAUCCACAAAUCAGUUAACUUAAGGGCACAUACGUGACUUUUUAGGGAAAGCUAAGGCUAAGUGAUUUUAGAGUGAAAAAAAAUCUUACAUCGAAUUGAUAGCCGUAUAAUAUACACCCAAAAAGUAGCAAUCAUCUUCGAUCACAUUUAAGAGCCAUAAUGGAUCUUGAUCACAGUAGAUUAGGCCUCGAAAACGAAUUCUUGGAAAACAAAUCAGGCCUAAUUUGUUGCAUUUUACAAGUUUACUUAACAAAAUCUUGCCAACAACCCUGGGAGCGUGUAAACGAACAUUUCAUACUUUUUAUACAUCACAUCUGAGGUGAAACAGUAAUAUGAAGGGCUGUUUUUAUCAUACAGACCUCAGACAAAAUGCAGUAUUUCACAAUUUUUCAAGACAAAUUGCACUCAUUCAAUAUUCAGAACCGUACGACUCACGCUGGGCUUUUAACAAAACCGUUCAAAAAAUUUCCAAAAUCACCUACACGGCCAGCCGGUUCUCACUUUUGACAAGCGCCAAAUUUUCAUUGAACAUUAAAAGAGUUACGCUUCAACAUAAUAAAGAAUUUAUUGUGUUUAUUUUUUUUUAUUUAAUGGUUUUAUAACGAUGUGUAAUCUUAAAAAGCGUUAGAUACGCGAGGCAUUUUGAGUACUCCUGCAAGCGACGUUUAUGAACGACUGAAAAUAAACGGCAAAGCGAUUAAAAUUGCAAGAAACUACUAACAAUCAAUAAAAGAAAUGUAAUUCGGUAAAACAUUUACAGAGACAACAAUUUUCAUUCACGAAGACAAGUAUUAAAGCACCUCUAAAAAUCCUGAGUCUUUAAGCUUAAGCUUAAAGCUUUUAGCCGGCUUCUUGGUGUUCACCGUUUUCAAAGAUGAACUCGAGGCAAGAAAAUCGCUCAAAGCUUUCUUUCUACAGCCAAAAUUAUAACUAAAUACUCUUCGGAAAGUUUUUUUUUCCGUUUAUGGAGAGAAAAUAUCGACUAAAGGCUUUUUAAAGCUCUGUAAGCUUAUAUCAAACCUCAUACUAGAUCAGAUCAUCGUCUCAGAUCUUAAUAGACCUUGUCACGGUUUUCGACGCCAUCUUGACGAGUAGGCAAACGCGUGAGAAAUUACAGUGUUUGUAUGAGAAUCUAAUGUCGAAUAAUUUCCAUAAAACGGCUGUUCUGAAAAAAAUAUCAAUUGUAAACUAAAGCUACAAAGCAAAGGAUUGUCCUAAAAAAUUUUGGGGGCGUACCUGUGCUUAAAUUUCUCCAGAGGCUUGCUUUAGAUUUUCCAUAUAUUUGUCUGUAAUUUUCCCGGGACUUUCUUACAGACAGAUGUAUAGGAAAUUUUAAAAAGUGGUUCUAGGUCUUCUAGUGCAUGUAACGCCCUCAAUUUUUUUCAGGAGAAUCCUCAGGAGUGAAGCUUUAUUUUACAAAUCAUAUUUUUUUCAGAACAGCCGUUAUACGGAAAUUAUUCGACAUUAGAUUCUCAUACAAACACUGUAAUUUCCCACGCGUUUGCCUACUCGUCAAGAUGGCGUCGAAAACCGUGACAAGGUCUAUACAAACGUGCAUAAACUAGCCUCAUAAACUGCGCUCGACUUCAUGAAAUUAGAUGUAAAAAACCAAACACAUACACUGUAUGCAAUAAUUACUCAGGCUUACCAUUCGAGAUGCAGCUCCUGAAAGCUAUCCAGUAAGGCCAGAAUCGCUUGAGGGACUUUUCGACCACCCGCAUCCGGCAAGGUGAAAAACGAAAACGAUGUUAUCCGAAAUCGGAUUUCCAGCUUUGACAAGCGGCGCAUUUCUCAACCAAAAAUUCAAUAAACAAACCAGCCAUGAAUAACAGAAAACUGUUGAUAGCAGCUGUAUUUCAUUUUAUGCGUCCGGUGGAAAAAGACAGUAAAAAACAUCACAAGUUGACCAAAACCUCUGUCAGCUUCAGCUGUCAAAGUAAACAAAAUUCAAGAUGCUGCAUAAAUUUUCCGCAUGAACUCACCUGUCAAAUUUUGACCAAUCAGAGCAUAAAAAUUGGACGGUCGUAGAGCGUGAUCAAUGCGUGACUAUGGUGAGAAAAGUGAAAAGCCUUUGUCUUCCCUGCUUGUAUUUUUAAAUGACUAGCUGAAUUUUCGCGUCCGAGAUCAGUUUGAAAUCAAAAUGUUAAUGGCGCGGGGCCAUAGUGACAUUAACACAACACUUUCUGUCAUCAUGUCAUUAUUUUGGUGCCGUUCUCUUUGCCUUUGUAUUUCUCUUUCGCGUUGCCUUUGUCUAUUCAUUCUAGCUCUGUCCCGUUCUGCUUGCCGGCGUUUUUCACUAUAAUUUUCUCUCCUUCUUCUCGCCCUGACUCUUUAUACUUGCCAACUUUCUUCGCUAAAAUUUUGUCUUCUUCUUCUACUUCUAACGCGCUCUCUUUGGCGAUCGUCUUCGCUUGCUCUACGCGUGUUGACUCUUGCUCUCUGCCGUUCACCUUCUCUUUGCUCUCUGCUUAAAACCUGUCGUCUACACGCUAUAAUCUCUCUGUUGUUGUUUGUUGACAUAAUAGAUUUCGUAAGUUGUAAUAAAAAGUUAUAACGGCUCUGUCGAAAAAUGUUUUUGCCAUAAAUUUCCUUUGAAAUUUCUUUUUUCAAAACCAGUUGCGCGAUAUAAUUGCGCGGCGUUGCGCCAUGCGAUUUCCCGCCAAAAAAUCUCUACUUUCCCCUACCCCAAGAAUCCAUACGGACUACUUUCCACUACCCGGAAAGUCCGUACGGACGGACGUACGCUGACGUCAUAACCAAAAUUUCUCGGAUGGAUAGUUUACCAAAUUAUCUUAGUUAUGGUGGUCCGCUCGCGCGCGCUUCGCGCGCGCAAGGAGCUCCGCUAUUAGCCUGUUCCAGGCGUUUAGAUAGUGGAGAGCAAGUUAAAUCGUACGCGGCGAGCCCAAAAAGAAACACGAGGGGAGACUGGGGCGGGACCGAGAAAACCGUCCCUUUUCCCGCCCUAUUUUUCCCUCGUCAAUGGAACAGGCUAUCAGAUUAUGUAGGAAGCUUGCACUUCAACUCAGCCUGCGCCAGUUUCCGUCGUUUAAAGGGGAAGGAUAAGAGGCAGUUCUCCUGCUUCUUCAUUAAAAAUGAACUAAAUAAAUUACCAGUCUUUUCAAAUAGACCAAUAGCCGGUUUUGCCUGUGCGCCUCCACAUCUCCCAAAGCGAUGCAUGCUGGGGUCCCAGUGGCGGAUCUAGGGGAGGGGUCCGGGGGGGCCGCCCUCCCCCCUUAUUUGUAGACCAAACUAAAGCCCGGCCCGAAGGCCGGGAUACUUGCAUCGCCCGCGCUCAUACGGGCAACCCUACAAAAUCCCGCCUAAGAUCUUGCUCUUGCUUACAUGUUGUACUUUAACUAAUAUGUAGCCACUUAGUGUGUAAAGUUAACGUUGAAUAUAAUAUAAAGUUAAAAAUAAGUCGUUUAAAACAUACCAUGUACGCGCCUUACCUUAGUGAUGAUAAAUUAUUAAAAGCACAAAUGAGCAGGAAAACAGCACCACUGUUUUUCCACCAGUUGACUCAGCUUUCCUGUUUCACACUUGUCAUAGCAGGUGGCACCGCUGACCAAUAGCUACCACAGGCCUACUAACAAAUUCAGACAGGUUCAAGUUGUCCCUCUCGAUCACCGCUCGUUGAUCCUCGUUGCGUCAAGGACCUCUCCAGCGUCAUCAGUUAAAUCCGGUUACCUUCUUUGGUCAAAAAUAAAUCCAAAGCAUUCUCGUAGACAGAUAAACCCAAAAUACUUGUUUCCAGCGUUUGAGUUGUUAGAUUGGAGAGAUGCUUGCAGAGUGGAAAAGCAUUGUAGACUGAGAAAUUCUUUUAGCUCAAGUUACUUUUUUAAUUGUUCAUGUAUUUAUGUAUAAAAGUAUUUACUUAAAAGUAGGUUGAGUUUGAUCGUCCAGGUGAACGUAGUCCUGAAUAGGACUGUAGUUGUUGACAGUGACUGACGUUUCGACGACCUCUGCGGUACUCAUCUUCAGAGUCAAAGUGAGUUGUAUCACGUCAGUUGAUGGUAUUAUACUCUGGUUAUUGAUCUGAUUGGUCAUUUACGUCGCGAUGUCAACUGACGUGAUACAACUCACUUUGACUCUGAAGAUGACCACCGCAAAGGUUGUCGAAACGCCAUUCACUGUCAACAACAACAGUCCUAUUCAGGACUACGUUCACCCGGACGAUCAAACUCAACCUACUUUUGAAAUGACUCCUGGGCUCAAACCUUUCACACUAUUUACUUAUUUAUUAAUAUAUUUAUUUUAGUAUUUUGUUUUUUUGGUCUUCGGAUAUUUAUCUCUAGGUUUGUCAUGCUUUGUUGUAAUACAUGUGACCUUUAGUUUAGCUAAAGUAAGCCGGCGGGAGAAGAGUUGUCUCCGUAGUAUGGGCUAUUAACAGUAAGGGUGGAGAGGAAAGUCAGAAAUUUGGUUUGAUCAACUAAAUAUUUCUGUGAUUAACAGUACUAGUUAAGUUGCUGAGUUUCAUUUCUUUUUUUUUUAUUAUUUUUACUGAUACCUAAAGAAGAGCCAGCUUCAAAAGUAAGUAACACGACAUCGAGCAGCAAUCCCAGUAAUGCUGAUCAUGCAGAAGACGCGACUUCGGGGAUUUCAAAUGACGGUAUAAUCUUGUUGUUAUGUAUGAAUUUAAGCUCUUUCGAUAAUAAGUCUAUAAAAUAUUUCUAACAUUAGAAAAUAGGUUUUGAAAAUCAAAUGACUUCCAGAUUCCAGACGUGACCAACGUUCAAAACAAUUUUUUUUACUGCUUGGGUACUAAGGUUAUUAAAUUCAAUUAACAAUUUUCUUUUUUGUGCAGAAACGAAGUGUCGAAAAACUGACAGUAACCCUCCAGAGGUAGAUGUUGCUGUGCUUACAAAUAAAGAUCUUCCUAAAACAUCAAAGCGUUUGGAUCUUGAGCAACUGCCAAUCGAUAUUCUGUUGUUGACAGUAGAGGACUGUGAGUUUUUAGCCUGUCUUUCCCUCCUGACGGGUUUCUCGAGGAUGUUUCAAAAAGAUCUUGGCGACGUGUACAUCGGAAAUAUAGGGGAGAUGAAAAUCGCUGUAAUGAAGUGCAGAAUGGGUGCGGCUGGUCCUGGAGGUGCAGCAGGUGUUGUUAGAGAUGCAGUCAAGGCCUUAACGCCCAAGGCGGUGUUUUGUGUUGGUUACUGUGGGGGCUUACAACCAGUCGAAGUCAAGCUAGGAGAUGUGGUUAUUUCCGAGGCACUAAUCACAUACGCUCCUUCAAAAGUCACCAAAGAUGGUAUUGAAGAACGUGGCUACCGAGUUCCGCUUAAGCCCAAUCUUGCCAAAGUAAUACUCAAUGCUGCUGCUGGAUGGAGCCCACCGUUGCGGGAUCCAGCAGAAUUAGAGGUGGCACAGGUACGAGGUGCGUUACUGAGUGGACCACAAGUGGUUGAUGACAGUGAUUUGCGUGAAGCACUUCUCAGCCGAUUCCCUGGGGCAAUUGCUGUCGAGAUGGAGGCCGAAGGUAAAGUAAAAUAACAUUUUAUUACAAAAAUUCAUCAAUCUUCAUUUAAGUGACGUAGAAAUGGGCGUAACGGUUAUCCAAAAAGUUCCGAUCCAUUGAUAAUAAUGCAUUCCCCGUAUACACCAACGCUCAAAGGUGCUUUAACGUUGUUUAGUUUCCUAAAGUUUAAAUCCUGUUUUAAUUGGUUUAAAAUGUGUACUAUUAAGACUAACUAGAAAAUAAUCGUAGCAGCUUUUGAUUACUUUCUAACUAUCGCUUGACGUUCGGAAUUAUUUAUCACAAGCUGUAUUAAAAUAGACAACAUUUUAACGUGUUAAAACUUUGGUGUGAACGAGACACAAGGUUUGAGGCGUUUUUAAACCAAUGGAGAAUUUAAAUAAACUGGCUUCAAUUCUGUUCUAAACCAUACGCUUUAAAAAAUAUAUAUUUGGGAGCUUGAGCAACUACGAAGGCGCUGAGGGCAAUUGGAACGUCGAAAAAGGAAAACAUUAGCUGAUUCAAACAAAAACCCAUCAUACUUUAGAUCUUUGGUCAAAUUCCAGAUCCUUCUCUUGGAAAUGUGUUAUCUACCACAUGUUAUCUUCACUUUCAGGUGUUUACUCAGCAGCACAUGACCUGAACGUUGAGUGGAUAAUUAUAAAAGGCGUGUCGGACUUCGCAGAUGGCAAAAACUCAGAGAAAAAUGCAUGGCGACCCUUUGCGAGUAUAAUGGCUGCAUCAGUUGUUGCUCAUAUCCUCAGUAAUCCCAUCAUUUUUGAAGACUGGCCUCACUACAAUAAUGGAAAGACGAGUCUACCUCCCUCCUCAGGUGACUACCAAACUGACGUGUUUAAUUUUUCAAAUGAUAAUUAUAAAACUAACAACCAACAGUGUUCCAAGAUACAACAGACCAAGACGCGACUGAUUCUACACCUGAGUGUGGCUUUUUUUUUUUAAUUUAAAAAUAAAGAGGCCACAAUAGCUGCAAAGCUUUUAACUGAUUCAUUCCAGAGACGCACUAGUCAAUACAAAAGUAAUCGCUUCUGAACGGCAAACAUCGAAAAGUUCAGUAUUCUAAUGUUGAAUUGCUUACACACUAUACUUUAUUUCAUGCACAUCAUUUUACCAUCUCCACCCGCAAAUAGCAAAAGCUAGACGAGGCGGGCGGAGAGGAAAGGUUACAGCAGUCAUAACAGAUAAUAUUAUAAUUGUAAAGUAACUAAAUAAACUAUCUGGAUAAAUAAGAACUACUGAAAAACAAGCUAAAGUUACAAAAUAUAUAGUCUUACAGAAUGAUAUUACAAUCAAAUUUACUACUAACAGAACUAUAGAUUAUAUACAUUGAGUCGAGGAUGCAGAAUUUGCCAUUUUUUGUAGGAGAAUGGGCACUUCACAUAAUCGUCCUCUGCUUCCAUUAUCGAGAGCAAAAAGUCAUGAAAAUUUUUCUUAAAAGCUCCUUUGGAGAGUUGACGAAAUUCGUUCGGAAUUGCGUUCCAAAGUUUAGCUCCAAACCUGGAAAAAGAAUCUUGAUUUAGAUUCAGUCUUGAAGUUUGGGCAUCAUAAUUUCCAGACGAAGAAAACCUGGUCUCAUGCUUGUGCUUUGAAUUAGCUUUAGUGAAGAAAUCACAGAUGUUAGACGGAGCAUUCAUGCAGGAAACGUCAAACAUUAUAGAAGAUACUUUUUCAGCAUGUAACAUUUGUAAGGGUAGAAUGUUCGAGGAAAUAAAUAAAGGCACAGCAUGGGCUCUAGGUUCAGAAAAGUACAUCAAACGAAGGACUCGUUUUUGAAGCACGAGAAUUUUUUGUAAAUGGGUUUUGGCAGCUUGACCCCAAGCCGCCAAACCAUAUGUCAGAUGAAGCAAGAUCAAUGAUUGAUAAAUAUUUAAAAGGGUUGUACGUGGGACGAAGUGCCUAAAACGGGCAACAACACCAACAGUUCUGCUUAUUUUUAAUGCAACAUUAUUAAUUUGAAAUUUCCAGCUUAAGUUGCUGUCCAAUAGGACGCCAAGAUAUUUAACAUGGUCUUCGCACUGAAGCGUGGUACGAACUUGAGUACAGUUAUCGAUCAUUUCAAUGUUAACCGAGUAGUUCAACUUACGUUGACAUGGACGAAAGAUAACAUAGUUUGACUUCUUAGCAUUCAGCGUUAACUUAUUUUCAUUGAGCCAGUCAGAGACUUUGAGCAGUUCGCUAUUGACGGUUUUUUCAAGAGAUUUCAAAUUAGAGUCAGCAUACAACAAGCUCGUGUCAUCAGCAAAGAGAUAGAAUGACAAUUUCGCUGAAGAGUUGUGAAUAUCUUUAAUAUAGAUUAAGAAUAACAGAGGACCAAGCACAGACCCCUGCGGGACACCACAUGAGAUCAUACAUUCGGUAGCUAAGUUAAAACCCACUUCAGUUACUUGUGAACGACCGAGAAGGUACGAGGCAAACCAAGCAUUGAUAAUUCCUCUGAUGCCAUAAUGAUUAAGUUUUUGAAGCAAGAUUAAAUGGUCGACGGUAUCAAAGGCCUUCUUUAAGUCUAAAAAGAUCCCGCAAGUGAAACGUUUUUGGUCCAUAUUGUUUUGUAUGACAUUAACAAUAUCAAUAAUGGCAUGUUGCGUGGAAUGGUUUUCGCGGAAGCCAUACUGUGACUUAAAUAGAAUAUCGUUUUUACCAAGAUAGGAUUUGAGGCGGUGGUACAUUAAUUUUUCAAAUAUCCGAUUGAAAAUAGACAGUAAUGAUAUCGGACGAUAAUUACCAGGCUCAGUCUAAUCGUCAUUUUUGUACACAGGAACAACUUUUGCCUUUUUUUAGUUUGGAUGGAAAGAUGCCCUUUUGCACAGAUGAUGAUGGGGAGAGGGCCCGAAUCGAACAAGAGUAGAGACCGUAAGUUUUAUUUUUAGGGAUCAAAAGUAUCUCACGCUCAAUUUCCUCUGGCGUAACUGGAUCAAAGAAGAAAGAGCUUGGAUUAUAAUUGGGAGACAAGUAUUCGGUAAAAUAGCGAGAUGAACGAGGUACGCGUGAAGCUAGGUUUUUACCGACCGAAGAAAAGUAGUUAUUGAAGAUGUUAGAAAUCUCAAGAGGAUCAUUAGUUAAGCUGUUAUCAUCAGGACGUUUAAGGGAAGAAAUGACUUGUCUUCUAUUCUUUUUGUCGUUAAUUAGCCUAUUUAUUCCAUUCCAGGUGUUUUUCAUAUUGUUUAGAUUUUCAGCAAAGAACGCAUGAUAAUAAUUCUUUUCACUCAGCCGAGUAAGACUAGAAAUUUUAUUUCUGUAUAUUUUAUAAUUUACAAGAUCACCCGAUUGGAGGAGAGAAUUUUUUAUUUUGAUGGAUUUUCUAAGGCCACUAGUUAUCCAUGGUUUAGAGAACUGCUUAAGCUUGCGAUUCGAAACAGUCUUUAAAGGAGCAUGUUUGUCAACGAAUGCCAAUAGUGUAUUGUAAAAGUAAGAAAAAGCUGUAUCGACAUCAAACUGAUCGCUAAAGUUAGUUUGGCUUGCCAAAGCAUCAGAGAGUUCAGUGUUGAACUUGCUCCUGGGAUAACCAGAAAAGUCUCUGCGUUUUUGCUUUCCGCGUUUUGGCCGCUAAAUAAAAUUGUGAGAAAUACAGAAUUGUGAAUAGUGAUCGCUUAUGUCAGAGAUAAUAUUCCCACUGGUAAUUUCAACAUCAACUUUGUUUGUUAGAAUAUUAUCAAUUAGGGUGGCUGAGUUGUUGUAAACACUUGUUGGUUUGUCAAUAGUUGGGAUAAAUGAAAAGCUUUGAAGAGAAAGUAAGAAGUCCUGAGCAUAACAGGAAGUUCGCGGCAUGAAGGAGGUUUAUGUUGAAGUCGCCCAUAAUAUAUAUUGAUUUUUUUGAGGUAAUUAGUCUUUCAAGUUUAUCAUCAAAAUAUUCUUGGAAACGUUUGGGAGAGUUAUGUUGUCUAUAUAUGAUACCACAAAUGAUGUUACUUUUCUGUGGAAGUUGAAUUUCGAUCCAAAGUGACUGGAAGGCUUCAUCAGAUACUUUUUCAAUGACAGUCUAUUUCAGGGAAUCAUUAAUAUACAAGCCAACACCUCCAGAAGCUAGAUGUGUCGGCACAUAUUCGAAAACAUAUCCAGGUAUGCUUGGAUUAAAAUCCAUUUCUUUACCACUGAUUGUUUUAGUUUCUGAGACUCCUAUAAUGCUAAAUUCGAAAUUUAACUCGUCCAAUAGAUGAACUUGAAAGUUAUCAAGAUUUCGCUUAAGACUCCUGAUAUUAUUAUGUAAUAGAGAGAAGCUCGAAUCACUGACACAACUGGGAAGUUCACUUUUAAAUUUGUAGAAACUAUAUGGGGAAUAGUAUCGACUAUGAAUACGAUGAUUAUAGAGACUAUCACCCGGAUUGGUGUCUUCAAGUGCGUUUAGCUUGAAAAGAUUAAGGUCAUGUUUGAAUGGGACGAAAAACCCCUAAUAGAUUUUCCAUAAAAAGCCCUUUAGAAUUGGUAAUCUCGUACCCAGAUCUCUUAUUGACGAAGCCGAAGGCGAGAUACUGUUUGAAACCCCGUCUAGCAUUGGUAAAACAGUUUGGUCUUCCUGAUGCAAAAGAGCAGCUCAGCCUUUUCAGGCUGUCGCUCUGUGAGAAUAAUAUUCUCCGAGUGUCUCAGAGGGAAAUGAGCUUUAUUUUUAAGACAUUGUUUAAGCAUUUAGUUCCCAGUAUUGUAUCGCCUUGCUUAAGUGCUCUUUGAAAUAUUGCAAGUGUUUCGCUUACGUUUGAAUUUAACCUCAUCCAGAUCCAGUGAGGCCUUUAAAACAGCGCGUCAAUUUUAAACGUUUUUUCGUAAGGCGGUUUCCGUUUAGCGGUUAGUUAUAUUUCUGGCCUUGAAUGAAGAUUCCAAAAAAGCCUUGCGUUUACAUAAGCAUGAAUUGAAAUAUAUGAAAUGUGGAUGAAGGUAUGAAAGUGAACAUGAUCAUCGGAUUAAAUUCGUUGCCUAUUCGGUUGAAAAAUAAUCUGAAAAAUUUUGCAGCAUGAUCGCAGAAAGUUGGAAGUAAUAUUAUUCAUUGUUGGGGAAAAUACUCCGCGGCUUUAAAGUAAUAAUUUCCACAAUGUUUUAAUUCCGGUAGUGUCGUAACCCUUUCGUUAAGGCAGCUUCUGAACGCACUCGAGAAAACCGCACAGUCCCCGUGAACUCUCACUUUAACUUGCGAGUGAAGGAAAAAGAAAAUAGAGUGACAUUACUUUCAAACCAUUACGGGCUACCUUAGGCCGCGGUUUAAGAAACCAUUGGACCUCCAUGCCUCUUUCUUGGUGAGUUAACUUAAGAAAAUAAGUGCUUUUCCAGUCUGCCUUAUAUGCUUUAUUGAAAUUGUUCAAAAUAAAUUGGGUUUGAUAAAAGCGUUGAGCAAACUCAAAAUGGCUUAAUUAUAACGCGAUCUUGUAAAAUAAAUAUACGGGCUAAAUAACUGGCCCUUAGUGUUAAAUAAAAACAAGUAAAUAAAAUAUACAAUGGAAAAUUCCCCCGCAAGAAGUGCGUAAAAUCACUCUUCUCGAAGUACAAUAAAUUUUAAGAAAAGCCACAAAGACAAAUGCAUUCUGGUUCGGCAGAAAGACCUCUAAUGCGGCUAAUUUGUAAUUAAGUUCUUUGUUGAACCGAAAUCUUGUUGACGUACAAGAAUUCAGUUGAUGUGAGAAUUUGUCACCUCCAAGCAAAUGAGCCGUAAAAAGUUGAUUACUUCUAUAGAGCUCCCCUGCUGAUGUUCGAACAUCAGCAGGGGUCUACGAUUUCAGACCUCUAUGAAUCUCGUCAUGAUAGUUCUACCCAUAAAUCCAGUAGGUCCCACCGUUCACUUUAUAUACUUUUCAAGCGACAAGGUUUUUUCAAUCAUAUACUAUCGCUGCGAUCGCUGUGGUAGACCUUUUUCUUUCUCGAUAGUUACCAAAAAAGGGUGCCGUUCAUAAUCAUUUACGGUUCCUUUUUGUAGAGGAAAUUUAUUUAGCUUAUAGAUAACACGCCUUGCGUGCUUUUGCUCACACUGAAAGCGUGUUGUGCUUUUUCGCACGGAGCUUUUGUUUGAAAACUUUAACACGCUCUUUUGUUCGACUUGCUCACGCUUAAUUGUCUCAAGUGUGUGCUCUGAAACAAAAGAAAUUGGUAAUGAGGCAAAAUUGCAAGCGUGCUAAAGCGUGUUAAAAUAAAUUCUUUUGGUUUUAAGUGAAAGCGUGUCGUGCGCGUGCUUUCACCCUUAGCAUUAAAAUCCUGUGGAGAGUCACAUAUUAUAACAAAGACGUCUGACGGGCUUCAUAACUAUAGCUUGUGAACAACCACAUCGGAACCAGCUUCUAGAGUACGAGGAUUUGCAGUGUGCUAGGAAAAUAAUCGCCGUUUGCGUGGGAUAAGUCUUUUAUUAAGGAGUCUGCAAUACAGCCAUAUCAAUCCCUCAGUUAAGUGGUGGGUAGAUUAAAGCAGGGGUUGUAAUAAAAACUGAAGUAGCCAGCAGGUUUGAAUAGAGCAACCGACUAAUACAUUUCCUUGAAACAAUAAAUAUGAACAAAAGCACACGGUACAUCAUGCAAAAUGUAGCAACUAUAAUAAAGUCACUUAUUAUUCAUUCAAUAAUUGCUAAUUACAAAGAUUUAUCGAACAGUAUAUCUAGUUCUUUUUAGUUUUACAACCGUUUUUGCUCUUUAAACCAUGUGCGUUUUAUCGGCAAACUAUAAAGAAACGUGCGAAAAAUUGACUGAAAAUACAGCAGCAUAACAUAAAACCAGUGGGCCUAUAUAAAAACACUUCACAAUUACGUUUUCACCCAGAUUUAAUGGUGUAUUUUUUGUUUACAGUGCAUUAUUAAAACUAGUUGCUUCUUCAUUGUUCUUUCUUUAUACAAAAAUACUAUGCUUACACAGAGCCGUCAAUAACAGCAGAUUCAAUGUUCAAAAUCUCGACCUUAAAUUGUUGGAAAAUUAGAAUCAAUCAAGAGAUUCUCGAAGAAAUCUAUGCUUCCAAUUCAGUGAUAGAAUUUUGUUUCCGUAUUUAAGGGCAGCCAUCUUUCAAGUUAUAUAAUUUACAUGUUCCGAAAGAAGAAGCAACUUGUUUUAAUAAUGUCGUAAACAAAAAAAGUUUGCGACUCGAGGAGACGGCUGAAAUUCUGGCUAUUUUUAUUCUUGAAUGUCCAAAUCAUGGGAAGGAAAAUAUUGCAAGUGGUCCCGUUAGUUUAGUAGAAGAGACAGGUUAUGAAAGCCUGCAAAAAUCAAAGAUGGAAACAAUGGGGUACAGGUUAUGUGGAGAGCUCGCUGAGCGUGUACAAUGUUUUGUCUUGGUUCACAAAUUAUGACUGAAUAAAUUUAUAGGACGAUGCUAUUGGUCCGUUAGUUCACAAUGAAAGGUGCACGGUCAAGUCCAAAAAAGCGAACAAAAACAUGACAGUGAAGUUGGCCGGGCUUCAUAACACCGCACUUCAUUAACCUGGCCUGGUUAGCUCAAUUGGUUAAGCGCAGGUCUGCCGAGCUGGAGGCCGCUGGUUCAAGCCCCGGCCAGACCAACACUCAGGGUGUUUAAAUAUCUGAGGAGAAAGUGCUGCCUUUGUAAAGACAUCUGCAAACGGUUAGGCUUUCUAGUCUUCUCGGAUAUGAACGAUAAACCCUAGACCCCGUCUAAGUAACAAGGGUGUACUAUCAAGUUUUUUGAAACCUGGUCCAAUUGACAGUCAGUACAUUGAAAAUCUGCAGUAAAUGGAUGGGGUCACCUUGCUUGAUUUCGCCCCGCGAGCCCGUUAUUCUAAGUGUUUUUUGCCAAGCUGCGCACGGAAUGUUCGAAGCUGGAACAACCGUCAAAAAUCAUUCUCGUACAAAAAAAAACUAUGAAAUAUACUAAAAUCUAAAGCCCGUUUGUUGAUCUGGGCUAUAAUUUUUCAAUAUAGUAACUUUAAAUUGCUCGAUCUUGGAAGUAAUUUAAAACAUGGACCGUUUAUACUGUGUCUCCAAAUGCGGCAUUUUACGCCAUUAUUAUAAAAAAUAUACAACUUCUACUAACCAGAAUUUUUUUCUCCUUUAAAUAUAUUUUUCUUGUAGCCAAAACCAAUAAAAAAGGGGAUCACCGUUUUCGUUUCCUUGCAAAGAGACAACAAAGGGGCAAUUCCGGCUUCAAAUGGCAUUUACGCGCGGCGGGGACUAGGGCGGGUUUUAAGCCCAACACUAUUUUAACCGGGGAGAGUUAAAACGAUUAAAACUAUAAAGAGAGCCGUUACCUCUUUUCAGGUGACUGGUGAAAAUCACCACCAGCUUUGACGUCGUCAUGUUAUGCGCAGUGCAAAACAAGAGAAUUACCUUAAGUUUUAGUGACACUCGUUGCCGUCGCCAUCGUUUUGAUUAAGCUGAUCUCUAUUAACAGACUGUGAUUGUAAUAGAGUGAUUGUCGCUAGAGAUUGAACAUUGCUUUAUCAGCAAAUAGAUGAAAAAAAUUAUCACGGUAAUCGUCGUUUCGUUGCCUUUAGAUUGAGUCGUCACAAAGCAAGACUUAGUGUAAAGGGAAUAAUUUGAAUGUUUUGCUUUAAAAGAGUGAAACUUGUUUUUCUCACUUUCCCGUAAUGAACUUCAAAAACGGGGAAAAGUCAGUGGAAACUCGGAAGAGCUCGAAACAUCUGUAGGACCCUCGAAUUAGCAGUUAUAUGCCAUGCACUCUACAGAUGUGACUUACUUGCAGGUGUCCGUUUUAAGCGGGUUGAAUGUUGAGACAAUAUAAGGGCUCUUGCCAGUGUUAAAAGAAACUGUCCAUAAAACAACGAGGUGUCCGUAUUAAGGUGGUGUCUGUAAAGUGGGGUUCGACUUAAACACGAUAUAUCUUUUAUUUUCAGGUGGUUUUUACCCAACUGGAUUUGUUGAUGGCAUUCGCCAACUCUAUAGCACCCGUGAAAGAUGGUUUGCACCCUUCCCAUGGUGGGAAAAGUUUCGAUUAAGCCUUGAUAACAAUUUUACCAGACUCAAAAUAGUGACCAGAAAGAAGGAAAGGGGAACAAAGACUGAUGAAACUGUUCCUAUGAAAGAUAUCUUUAAACCCCACGAAGAAUGCGCUCAUCCUAGGACGGUCUUAAUUGAAGGGAGGCCAGGUAUAGGAAAGACCACAUUCUGUAAUAAACUUGCUUACGAUUGGGCCGCGAACAAACAAGUGGCAGAAAAUCCUUCAGGAAGUUUUCCAAACUUCCAAGCUGUUUUACUGCUUAAAUGCCGAGAAAUAGAGUCUUGCCUUUCGGAGGCCACCGAAGGACAACCUCUCCCUCGAUCCGAAAAAGAGAAACUGAACGAAAUCUUCAAGUCUUUCCUUUGGGACGCCAUUGAUGACCAGCUUCUGCCUCGAGAUUGCACAAAAGAAGAUAAGGAAGAAUUCUUCAAAUUCAUUCGCUGUAAUCAGCCCGAUAUUUUACUGGUACUUGACGGAUUGGAUGAGUUGCCUGCCAAUAUGUUUGCAGCGUUUAAGGAAGUCAUUCAAGGAAGAGUGCUACCAAAGUGUUACAUUGUCGCUACAGCACGGCAAGAGGUUGGGAUGGAGGUACGAGAGUGCUGCGAUGCCUCGCUAGAAAUUGAAGGUUUCACUAAAGAAGACGCCCGAGAGUUCAUUUUAAGGUAUUUCAAAGAGAAACCGCAUUUGGCCCCGAAGCUUUUAAACAAACUAGAGUCUGACAAAAACCUCCAACAGUUGACAGAAAGUCCUUUAAACACCGUACUUCUUUGUCUUCUUUGUGAGGACUCUGAUGGUAUUUUUCCAGAAAGUGGUACACAGCUGUAUCUAGAAAUGGUAGAGUGUGUUCUUAGAAGAUAUAGGAAAAAGAAAGGAUUACCAUUACCAAAUACCAAGGACGAAGACCUCACUAAAGUAUACAAAACUCAACUAAGACAGCUUGGCUCCAUCGCGUGGAACGGUCUGCUUCAUAAUAACAUGUCCCUCGAAGAAGCCGAGUUUAAAAAUUGCUCAGAAGAAUUACCUGAAUUCGGCUUCUUGUCCGUUGAGUGUAGCCCUAAAAAAGUGAGACCAUCUCUGAACUACUCCUUUUUCCACAAAACAUUUCAGGAAUUGUUUGCGGCAUUUUACCUCUGUUGCCUGGUUCUAGAUAACGAAAUUUGUCCAGAAACCUUAAUUGCCGACGACAGAUAUUUUAAAGAGCUUAAACACGUGCUUUUGUUCACAUGCGGCAUGCUAGCUUCGCAAUCGGAAGAAGCAAUAAAGGCUUUCGUCUCGUGUAUUGCUAAGAAGGUGAAGGAUAACGCUACGUUGUCAGUUGCAUUGGAAUGCAUUAAAGAAUGUAAAAACAAAAAGAGUUGUACCCUCCAUCUGCCCUUAGCUCGUACUCUUGGCUCGCAUCUCCAAAUAACACGAUUGGAUAUGUCAGUGAAUCUACUUGGUACUGGUGACCGUACUGCACUGGCGGAAGCAAUCAAACACAAUUCAACAAUAACACAGUUGGAUUUGGCAGGCAAUAGACUUGGUACUGGUGACUGUACUGCACUGGCGGAAGCAAUCAAACACAAUUCAACAAUAACACAGUUGAAUUUGAAAUACAAUGCACUUGGUACUGGUGACUGUGCUGCACUGGCGGAAGCAAUCAAACACAAUUCAACAAUAACACAAUUGGAUUUGUCAGAGAACGAACUUGGUACUGGUGACUCUACUGCACUGGCGGACGCAAUCAAACACAAUUCAACAAUAACACAGUUGAAUUUGGCAGCGAAUGGACUUGGUACCGGUGACUGUACUGCACUGGCGGAAGCAAUCAAACACAAUUCAACAAUAACACAGUUGUAUUUGUCAGACAAUGAACUUGGUACUGGUGACUGUACUGCACUGGCGGAGGCAAUCAAACACAAUUCAACAAUAACACAGUUGGAUUUGAUAUACAAUCAACUUGGUACUGGUGACUGUACUGCACUGCCGGAAGCAAUCAAACACAAUUCAACAAUAACACAGUUGAAUUUAAAAUACAAUGCACUUGGUUUUGGUGACUGUACUGCACUGGCGGAAGCAAUCAAACACAAUUCAACAAUAACACAGUUGGAUUUGGCAGCGAAUGGACUUGGUUAUGGUGACUGUACUGCACUGGCAGAGGCAAUCACACACAAUUCAACAAUAACACAGUUGGAUUUCUCACGCAAUGGACUUGGUUAUGGUGACUGUACUGCACUGGCGGAAGCUAUCAAACACAAUUCAACAAUAACACAGUUGAAUUUGAAAUACAAUGCACUUGGUACUGGUGACUGUACUGCACUGGCGGAAGCAAUCAAACACAAUUCAACAAUAACACAGUUGGAUUUGUCUUUUACUAGACUUGGUACUGGUGACUGUACUGCACUGGCGGAAGCAAUCAAACACAAUUCAACAAUAACACAGUUGGAUUUGUCAUGGAACGGACUUGGUAGAGGUGACUGUGCUGCACUGGCGGAAGCAAUCAAACACAAUUCAACAAUAACACAGUUGAAUUUGGCAGCGAAUGGACUUGGUACCAGUGACUGUACUGCACUGGCGGAAGCAAUCAAACACAAUUCAACAAUAGCACAGUUGAAUUUGACAUACAACGGACUUGGUACCGGUGACUGUACUGUACUGGCGGAAGCAAUCAACCACAAUUCAACAAUAACACAGUUGGAUUUGUCACGCAAUGGACUUGGUACUGGUGACUGUACUGCACUGGCGGAAGCAAUCAAACACAAUUCAACAAUAACACAGUUGGAUUUGCCACGGAAUAGACUUGGUACUGGUGACUGUACUGCACUGGCGGAAGCAAUCAAACACAAUUCAACAAUAACACAGUUGAGUUUGGCAGACAAUGAACUUAGUGCUGGUGACUGUACUGCACUGGCGGAAGCAAUCAAACACAAUUCAAGCAUAACACAGUUGAAUUUGGCAGACAAUGAACUUGGUACUGGUGACUGUACUGCACUGGCGGAAGCAAUCAAACACAAUUCAACCAUAACACAGUUGCAUUUGUCUUUGAAUAGACUUGGUACUGGUGACUGUACUGCACUGGCGGAAGCAAUCAAACACAAUUCAACAAUAACACAGUUGAAUUUGGCAGGCAAUGAACUUGGUACUGGUGACUGUACUGCACUGGCGGAAGCAAUCAAACACAAUUCGACAAUAACACAGUUGGAUUUGUCUUUGAAUAAACUUGGUACUGGUGACUGUACUGCACUGGCGGAAGCAAUCAAACACAAUUCAACAAUAACACAGUUGGAUUUGUCAUGGAACGGACUUGGUAGAGGUGACUGUACUGCACUGGCGGAAGCAAUCAAACACAAUUCAACAAUAACACAGUUGGAUUUGUCACGCAAUUGA